UUCCUUAUUUCUUCAAUUGUUUGCAUUUUGUCUGCUAAUGUCAACAUCAAAGGAAGAUACAAAUCUGUCCAGAGCACUGAUGACAUCAUAUCCUGUCAUAUAGUCAUUUUUCCCCUGAGCCUGAGUUCAGGUUGAUUCAUUAUGCUUGGAGGCAACACUAUCUGCUCCUUCUACCAAACAAUUUCUCCAGCAAUGGACAAAAUGGAAAAAGUUGUGAUACUACUGAUAUUACUGCAGAGUUUCUGUAUUUCUCGCACUCGGGGUUUUAAUGUAGGAACAGCAGGUGCCAAAAUCUUCUCAUCAGGUUCUGCGGUAGAAGAGUUUGGCUACACUGUACGCCAGUUGAGCAAUAAUCAAGGAAAAUGGCUUCUGGUAGGUUCUCCCUGGAGCGGAUACCCUCAGGAUAGAAAAGGAGACCUCUAUAAGUGUGACACUGGUGGUUCAACCAGAUGCCAGAAACUAAACCUUCAAGACUCUGUCAGCAUAGAUGGUGUGCAGAGCAUCAACAUCAACAUGAGUCUGGGUCUGACUCUCACUCCAACAGCUAAACCUAACAGAUUUAUGACCUGUGGUCCUCUGUGGGCUCAGCGCUGUGGCAGUCAGUACUUCUACCCGGGAGUCUGUGCUGAACUGAGCCCUCGGUUUACACUCCAGCCGGCCUUCUCUCCUGCCCUUCAAACUUGUGGAGGGCCAAUGGAUGUUGCCAUUGUUUUGGAUGGAUCAAACAGUAUAUAUCCGUGGGGUGACGUUAUACGCUUUCUCUCCCACCUUUUGGAAAAUCUUGAUAUCGGACCAGAUAAUACUCGAGUCAGUAUUAUGCAGUAUUCAGAGGACUUGUCAUUUCUUUAUAAUUUUAGUUCUGACCAGAAUAAAGAAAAAGUUCUUUCGGCGGCUUUGGCUAUUACCCAAAAAACUGGAAUAGUAACCAACACUUUUGACGCACUUGACAAUGCCAGACAAAAAGCUUUCCUACCAGAAAACGGUGGGCGUACAGGGGCCACUAAGGUGUUGGUAGUGGUGACGGAUGGAGAAUCUGCUGAUGGUCAUAAAGGUCAAGAGGUCAUUGAGAGGUUUGACCGAGAUGGCAUCAUUCGCUUUGGCAUUGCUAUCCUCAAGGAAGGUGCCAAUAUUCAAAAGUUCAUCGAGGAGAUUGAAUUGAUCGCUAGCACCCCAACAGAGAACUACAUGUUCAAUGUGUCAUCAGAGGAAGCUCUAAUCAAUAUCGCGGGAACUCUGGGGGAAAGGAUCUUUAACAUUGAAGGCACCGGUCAAGGUCAAGAAUUUAAAAUGGAGAUGUCCCAAGUUGGAUUCAGCGCACAUCAGACCAAUAAAAAGGAUGAGAUCAUGCUGGGUGCGGUUGGAGCGUAUGGAUGGACCGGGACCGUCGUCCAUCAAACAGCUGGAAAAUCCAACGUUUUCCUCAAAAAUGCUUUUGAGAAAACCCUGGAUGACAGAAACCACAGCUCAUUACUCGGCUACUCUGUGAGCUCUGUGACUGACGGCUCGUCUGAGUUUUAUGUGGCCGGGGCUCCUCGUGCCGUUCAUAGAGGACAGGUUAUAGUUUACAUCAUUGACAGCCACAGACAACCUGUGGUCAUAGAUUCACAAAAAGGAGAUCAGAUCGGGUCUUAUUUUGGCAGCGUUCUCUGUCCCGUUGAUGUGAACACUGAUGGAGUGACUGAUCUGCUGCUGGUUGGAGCUCCGAUGUACAUGAGCGAGGAGAAGUUCGAGACAGGACGAGUCUACCUGUUCACCAUUACCAAGGGCAUCUUAAGCAACCAGGGCAGUUUAGAGGGACCCUCCGCAUUUGAGAAUGCUCGGUUUGGGACGGCCAUCACUGUCGUCCCAGAUCUGAACCUGGACGGCUUCAGUGACGUAGUGGUUGGUGCCCCGUUGGAAGGCAAUGGCCAUGGUGCCAUUUACAUCUACUAUGGAGAUGGAAAAACCAUCAGAAAACAGAGCUCACAGAAAAUUCUUGGAUCCAAACUGGACCUGGCGCUUCGGUUCUUCGGACGCUCUUUAGAUGGCCGUAAAGAUAUGAACAAUGACUCAAUCCCUGAUAUUUCGGUCGGAGGAGAUGGGAAUGUAGUGCAGCUCUGGUCAAGGGGAGUUGCAGUUAUCACAACAACGGUCUCCUUCAACCCAGAGAAGAUCAGCAUUCUGAGUAAAACUUGCAUUUUCGGGGGAAGAAUGGUGCCAUGUGUUACUGCCAAAGUCUGUUUCAGAUCAACAAUCAGACCCACUACAUUAGUGGAUCAAGUAGAUAUCAAGUACAACCUGACCCUUGACGCUGACCUGCAGUCAUCAAGAGCCACUUCAAGAGCCCAGUUUGACAACUCAGAGCGUGUCCUCCAGAAAGCUGUCAGCGUCUCUGAAACACAAACCUGUGUAGAUCAUAAAGUCUAUGUCCAGGAGACCCCUGAUUUUGCUAGUCCAGUUGCUUUGCGAGUCGACAUCAGUCCACAGGAUCCAGAAAACGGCCCUGCAAUAGAUGCAUUUCAGCCCAAAGCAUGGGAUUUUUUUGUCCCUUUUGAAAAGGAUUGUGGCUCUGAUGAUAAAUGUACUUGUGACCUGAAGCUGACUGUGAAAGCUGUUGAUGUACCAAGCUCAUCUUCAUUUGUUGUCAGCCCUGACAGAAGAAGACUCUCCUUCAUUGUGACAGUAACGAACAGGAAGGAAAAUGCAUACAACACAAGAGUGUCUGCUAACUUCUCCAGCAACCUAUUCUACGCCUCUAUCACCCCCCCUGGUGAUGAUAACACUGAGGUGAAAUGCACUUCAAAAACAGGCUCACUUGACUGCAAUGUUGGGUACCCAUUCCUGGCGCCUGACCAGACGGCAACAUACGAGAUCAAUUUUGAUUUCAACCUGAAUCAACUAAACAAAAAUGCUGUUGUAAACUUUGAAGUGCAAAGUGACAGUAAGGAGGAAGUGACAUCUGAUAACAAGGUCUCUUUAUCCAUCCCAGUCCAGUAUGAUUCCGAAAUCAUCCUCACCAGAGACAUAAGCUUGGAUUAUUGCGUCAUUGGUCCCGAGGAUCAAGUCAAACACACAGUCUCAGAUUUCAAUGACAUCGGCCCAGAAUUCAACAUAACAUUACGAGUUUCAACUGGAACCUUCCCAAUCAAUCAGGCUCGUCUGACAGUCUCGCUCCCCACCAGCACAAAGGCUGGAAACCGUUUACUAUAUGUGACUUCAGUCGAAACAGCACCUGUUGUAAAUGUGCGGUGUGACAGAGCUCUGAUUGACCCGUUAAACAUCAGAGAGAAACCCUACACUGCCAGCUUCGCUAAACUGAGCUUUAGAGGGACAACAGAACUGAAUUGUAAGGCGGCAAAAUGUGAAUCCAUGACUUGUGUCCUCGAAGAUCUGGAGAUGAAAACCAGCUACUUUGUAAACAUAACCGCAAGGAUCUGGAACGGCACUUUUGCCUUUGCGGAUUUUCAGACUGUUUUAGUGGCUGGAAGCUCUGAAAUAGAAACAUCUCAGCCUGAUCUCAUAGUCGUCACACACAAACAACAACAGAUAAAAAUUACAGUCAGUAAAGAAGGAGCGAUUGGAGAUAUUCCUAUUGGUGUUAUCAUAGGAAGUGUCAUUGGCGGACUCCUCCUGUUUGUUCUCGCCACAGUGAUUCUAUGGAAGGUUGGCUUCUUCAAGAGAAAGCGCUUGCCACAGACGGGGAAUGGUCAGGACCAGGCAGAACAAGAGGGUCUGUGUGAGAAUCCAGCAUGAACGGGACACAUGACAAUGAUGUCACCUCGAAAUGUACAGAUAAAUAACUGAUAUUCAGUUUGCUGAAAUUCGGGUCCUGCUGGAGGUCUCGGUUCUGAUAAUAUCACUGUAUUUUAAAGCAUCUCACGAGUCACAACUGUUGGACUUAAUCGCUCCUUGGCCUUGCUCAGUUGUGCUCCGUUCUCAAGCGUGGACAAAUGAGUUUGUACUUGCAUGAAGAAUAGAGGGGGUUGGGUGAGAUGCCUCUGUCAGUUCCUGUCUCGUUCUAACUUGCUUCAGUAUGUUUAUGGUUCUCAGUUAAAGCAUAUCAAAAACAAGUCUUUACAUCAUUUGAAGUUUGUCAAUUGUCACUAACGUCCUGCUGUUUUAGUUUCAGACCACUGUUUCUGAGACGUUUAACUCGCUCAUGGCACGAACUCACAUACGAUGACACGUGUUAUAUGUGAAAUACUUAUUAUGAAUGACUCUUGCUGUGACUAUUCAAGCCCCAGGGGCAGAUUAAAUUAUGUUCUUGGA